AUGUUAAAUCAUCAACGUUCCCCCUAUGGCAGGGGAUGGCAUCGGUUGGUUGCUUGCACCUCCAUAGCCCUACUCAUAGCCAUAGUUGCCAGCCAAUUGCCCCAGUCUUUGGCCCAAGGCACUAAAUAUGGCCUAUGGACUCCAGACAAGGAAUGUGACGAUGCUGCCAGUGUAGUACAAUGGACUGGAGGGCAAUUUGAAUUUCCUUGUGCCUCCACCAAAUCGCUUUUCAAAAGCUCUGGCAAAUAUAUUUCCAAAAAUGUCAUAGCCACCAGAGCGCAAAUAAUCCGAGACACCAUCUAUUUAGCGUUGCCGCGCUAUCGCAAAGGUGUACCCGCCACCUUGGUGAAGACCAACAUAAAGCCUGGCACCUGUUCGGCCACCUUUACUCCCUUCCCCUGCUGGGACAUGCAAGAGGAGGGCAACUGCAAAGCUUUGCAAUCUGUGGUAGAUUUAGUGGUUGAUCAAAAUGAAAUCAUUUGGGUGCUGGACACGGGCAUAGUCAACACUCUGGAGACACCGGUGCGCAAGUGUCCCCCCAAGGUUAUGGCUUUAUCGGCCAAAACCGGCAAAGUGCUCAAAUCCAUUGACCUAGAGGGCUUAACCUCCACCAACUCACGUUUGCAGUAUUUGGCCGUUGAUUAUGCCCCGGAUGGUGGGUGUUUUGUCUAUGUCAGUGAUGCGGCCAAUCGAGCUAUCAUUGUCUUUAACAUAAAAGCUGAUCGUGGUUUCCGCAUUGUUUUGCCCAAAGCUGUGACGACCGGAUGUCGGACACGUGAUGUUUUGUACAUUGCAUUAAUACGCCAAGAUUGUGGCACCACCGAACUCUACUUCACAUAUUUGAGUACGAAUCGUUUGUUCUCAUUGAAAUCGGAAUAUCUGCGAAGUGGUGUAGCCGAUGGACGUAUAAUGGACUUGGGUAAGAAACCUUCGCGUAUGGUUAUAAUUGGAACCGACAAUGGCUCAGCCAUUUUCUUCCGUAAUGAGGGCGACGCCGAAGUCUAUCGCUGGGAUACCAACUCAACAUUUGCCGAGGCAAACUUUAAGCCUGUCUAUCGUAGUCCCACCUGUCAGUUGGCCACCCAUGCAGUGCCCGAUUACAAACGCAACACAAUGCGUGUGCUGCAAAGUAAUUUCCCCGAUUUUAUGCAAAAUCGAGUGGGCUGUGGAGCCAUACAACAAUUGUCGCGAAUGCAAGGUUGUUGGUAAUGGCUGAGCCGCCAGCAAAGUUAGUUUAUGGCAACCUGUCAUUCAGUCGUAGCCAAAAGUAUGAGUGUUGUAGACGAAUCAAGGCAACUGUUGAAAGUUGCCCCACAUAGAGAAAGAGAAGGCAAGGCAUGCACGGGUAAACUCAUGUGAAUGAAUGAAACGAAAGUAAGUCACUAAGAAGGAAGAGUGAAACAGGUUUUUUUUUUAUGUUAUAUAGUUUUCUUUUUGCAUUUUUUUUUUUUCAUUAUUAAACCUAAUAUUUAUUUUAAAUAAGUAAUAUAACACAAAUAUGCUCGGAGCCAGGGCUAAAUUUCGACUCCACUUCACAUCACUUUGAAUAACAUGCCACUACACAACAUAUCUGAAGUACAUAAUCUCAAGCACACACCCACACAAAGAAAUACCACAUUUAAAGGUCCCUCCUUUACGUAAACACAACACACAUGCGCCUAUACACCAUAUCACACGCACCCACAUACACUCACACAACAACACACCCCCACACUACACUAUACUCAAAAACACCGACAAAUUGUGCUUUAAUGGUCAUAACAAAAGGAUAAUCCGAAAAACUAUUUUACUCAAGUGUUUAUUGUGUAUUAAAUGGGUUGUAGGGUUAUUUAAGUUUUCCGAGAUUUACAUUUUGUAGUUUUCUCCUUGCAUAUAAGUUAAACGCAUAAGUAGUUUUAAGGCAACAACAUCAACACAUCGUUCGACAUUAAGUUCUUCCAUAAACUGUUUACAACUACAACUGUAAAAGUUUAA